AUGAUCACACACCUCUCCCUUCCUGAACUUAUCGAAAAGCUUAAAAAGCAAGAGCUACCUCCGGCUUACGUUCUUCUGGCGUACCAACACAAAGCCUUCGAAGUAGAUACGAAACUUAACUGUGUGGUGGAAUUUUUAUACCCGGAGCUUACAGAUGUGAAUCUUAGUGGACCACUUGCUGGAGCUCCUGUCAGUCUGAAAGAGUGCUUUGGAAUCAAGGUGCCGUUUACUUAG